UCCGGAGAGAGCAACAGCUGCAUUCAGUGAGCAGCCACAGGAUAACGUCGUAUCAUAUCAUACCAGUUGAAUGCGUGAGUUAUACGGAACUAUAUGAAUAUAGGCCCCCGUCGCCAGUUGUCUUCUGCAGCCAUCGGUGUGGCAUAUCGAGAAGCUGAUUGAAUGGUAUGAUCAUUACACAUAUGCACCUUGUGUUCGGGACAAUAAAAGGCCCCUCUAAAAUGUGCCAUUUUGUUACAUAACAUAAUGUUAGAGGGAGUAUGCAAUUGGCAUGCUGACUGCAGGAAUGUCCACCAGAGCUGUUGACAGAGAAUUUAAUAUUAAUUUCUCUACCAUAAGCCAUCUCCAAAGUAGUUUUAGAGAAUUUGGCAGUACGUCCAACCGGCCACGUGUAUCUAGUUGUGUGGGUUAGCAGCUUGCUGAUGUGCCCCAUAGUGGCGAUGGGGUUAUGGGUAGGCAUAAGCUACUAACAAAAUUGCAUUUUAUCAAUGGCAAAUUGAAUGCACAGAGAAAGAUUGACAAGAUUGUGCCAUUCAUCCACCACUAUCACCUCAUGUUUCAGCAGGGUAAUGCACAACCCCAUGUUACAAGGUUCUGUAUGCAAUUCCUUGUCGUAGUUCUUCCAUGGCCUGCAUACUCCCAGAGCUUAUUUGGGAUGCUCAGGAUCUACGUAUACGACAGCGUGUUCCAGUUCCAGCCAAUAUCCAGGAACUUUGCACAGCCAUUGAAGAGGAGUGGGACAAUAUUCCACAAUCAACAGCCUGAACAACUCUAUAUGAAGGAGAUGUGUCGCGCUGCAUGAGGCAAAUGGUGGUCACACCAGAUACUGACUCGUUUUCUGAUCCACGCCCUUUAAAAAAAAAUGUUUUAAGACUUGAGGAGUUCAUACCCUGUCAAGAUCCAGUGGACCAUGCACAGAACUCCACUGCCAUUCUGGAGAUGGGACAUGGUUGUUGGAAGUUUGGAGUGCAGGUACACAAAGAUGUGAAUCACACACCAGUCAUCUAUGACAUUGAGUGUGCUGGACCCAGGGAGUUCCUGAGAGGGAAUGAGCCGUGCAUCAAAUACGCUGGCCACUAUUUCAUCACUACUCUGCUGUAUUCCUUCUUCCCGGGGUGCUUUGGAGUGGACCGGUUCUGCCUGGGGCACACAGGCACAGCUGUGGGCAUGCUGCUGACCCUAGGAGGCCUGGGCAUCUGGUGGCUAGUGGAUCUCCUCACCGGAGGCCUGAUGCCUAGUGACAACAGCAACUGGUGCACCUUCUACUGAGACCAGCGAGCAUGGGUUGAAGACCUUUUAAGGUGGGUUUACAUUGCAGAGAUGCAGGCCGAAUAUUUACCUUUGCUUAUUUGUGAAUUACAGUUAAGAGCAGUUUUGACCACGUGUCGGAUGCCUUUCUAUCCGAUUCUCCUGGAGAAUCUUGACACCUGACAUGCUAUCGCUUUGUUUUGCGCAUGCCACAGAUGACCAUUAAUCGCACCAUAAUAACCAACGUGUCGGCCGUUAACGCAAUUUCCUCGGUCUUUUCUCUCACCAUGGGAAAACGAGAAGUAUGAGCAAAUGAUGUCUGGACCAGGGGCAUGGUUGAGUGGCUGGCAUGUUCGAAACCUUUUUGCCUUCAGUAGGCUGCUAUAGAUUUCCCUGCUUUGUUUUGAAAGACUUUGUGUCUAAAGGUUAGACCACUGAACUGAUUUAAGCAAAGGAAAUGGUUUGCUAUGUUGUCUAUAUGAAAGCUUAAAUCUAUACGUUUCAUUUAUGCGAUUGUAUGCGUGCACAAGUUACACAACAUCUACGAUGUCCGAGGGCAAUUUCACAACACAUUUACUUGAAGAACAGUGCAGAUGCAAAGUUUAACAGGAUGACUGCACACACGGCACACACUGUCCUUCUGUUAUCGAACUUUGCACCGCCACUGCUCUUCAAAUAAAUGUUUUUGUAAAAUUGUCAAGUUGUUAAAAGUAGUCCUUGUGCAUCGAGUUGUAUGGUUUGUUUAACUUUGCAAUCAUUGGUUUUUGUUUUGACAUUUUAAAGUGAAAAAUCCAAGUCCCCUCUCGACUCAUUCUGUUACCAUGGAAUUGCCCAUGACCAUAUGAUGAAAAUUAGAAUGAAAAAAUAAAUAUACAUGUUCUAGCUGAUCCACUGAAGCUUUGCAAUGUUCUAAAGGAUACAUUUGAGCUGUUCCCCUUUCAUCAUACUACUUACUACAUGUUGAUCAUCUCUGCGCAGUCCUUUUUUCUUUUUCUUUACAUCUGAUGUAUACUAAAAGUACAUCAUAUUGGAUGUUGGCAUUUGCACCCUUCCAUAGUGCUGCUCACAUUGCAUACAUGUAAUUCCAAAUGUAGUUCUGUUGUGUUAAUUUGAAAACAACUACAUGAACCAGAGGUUAAAGACACAUUAGGACCCUAUGUGUAAUGCUGUUCAUAUCUACCCUCAAUAAUUCAAUGAUUGUUUACUAUUCCUUUGUUAUGCAUUGAAAUGUUUGUCUUUAUUUCUACUUUAACAGAAAUAUAACAACUUGCAACAAUUUCAAAGAUUUUUACUGAGUUAAUGAGGAAAUCAAAUAAAUUAAUUAGGUCCUAGUCUAUGGAUUACAUAUGACUGGGCAGGGGCUCACUUGGCAGCCAGGCCCGGCCUCAAAAGGGCUUUGUUACAGACAGAAAUACUCCUCAGCACCCCCAGGCGAUCCCGCAGGUGAAGAGGCCGGAUGUCGAGGUCCUGGGCUGGCAUGGUUACAUGUGGUUGUUAGGCCGGUUGGACGUACUGCCAAAUUCUCUAAAACGACGUUGGAGGCAGCUUAUGGUAGAGAAAUUAACAUAAUUAUCUGGCAACAGCUCUGGAGGACAUUCCUGCAGUCAGCAUGCUAAUUGCACACUCCUUCAACUUGAGACAUCUGUGGCAUUGUGUUGUGUGACAACUGCACAUUUUAGUGGCCUUUUGUCCCCAGCACUAGGUGCACCUGUGCAAUGAUCAUGCUGUUUAAUCAGCUUCUUUAUAUGUUACACCUGUCAGGUGGAUGGAUUAUCUUGGAAAAGGAGAAAUGCUCACCAACAGGGAUGUAAACAGAUUUUUGCACAACAUUUGAGAGAAAUAAUGUUUUUGUACUAAUGAAAGUUUUCUGAGAUUUUUAAAAUUUCAGUUCAUGAAACAUGGGACCAACACUUUUUACAUGUUGUGUUUAUAUUUUUGCACUACCUUAUUGUAUUUUAAGUGAUAGGCUACUUGAGUAAAAUUCUAUUCUAAUGCCUUCUAUAAAUAUGGACUGAAAGCUGAAAUUGAUACAUUUGGAAUAUUAUGUCUUCCAAAAUAUGACAUUUUGGGAAAAAGGUUGGCAAAAAUGCAUCUUCCUAGGUGUAAUGUGAGAGAAUGCAGACUGUUUGCCAUCCCUGCACAUCAAGUGUUUGUGGUUCAAUAAAAUGUUUGUUUGAUUAA